CAAAAGGGGGUGGGGCAGCAGGAUUUCAGACAAGAUGGAUAGUGCUAGUGAAGAAAACAUGUCUAAAGAAGCAUCUUCAGGCGUUCUAAAAAAUAAUUCUGACCGCAGGAUUGUCACAGGGACCAAAGCCCCUGAGAUUCCUCUGUACGAGCGCAAGAACUGGCUCAUUCAUUUGCACUAUAUCAGGAAGGACUUUGACACGUGUAAGGUGCUGAUAGGGGAACUGCUGGAGGAGACUGAUGAAAUGUGUGAAUAUGCAAUCUACAUACUAGGGCUCAUUCACAGACAGGAGGGUAAUAUUCAGGCCUCCCUGGAACUGUUUCAAAAAGCCGUGCGUCUCAACCCCAACAAUGCUCUCAGUGUCAAGCAGGUCGCUAGAUCACUGUAUCUUCUGGGGAAGCAUAAAGCUGCUAUGGAUACCUACUCUGAAGCAAGUAUGCUAUAUCCACAUGACUGGGAGUUGCUGCACAAUCAAGGUGUCUGCUGUAUCUACCUCAAGGACUAUGACAAGGCGAUUGAGUUCUUCCAAUCAGCACUCGGCCUGUGUCCUCAGACGGUGAGCUUUGUGCAGCUGGGGAGGGUGUUCCUGAAGAGAGGAGCUCUCGAAGACGCCAUUGAGAUCUACUGCAGGGCCGUCAAACACAGUCCUGAGGACCCUGACCUCCUCUCAACACUGGGCCUCCUCUACCUGCAAUCAGGGGCCACUCAGAAAGCUUUUGAUUGCCUCGGUAGCUCACUCACUUUUGACCCCACCAACUCUAAGGCUAUAUUAGCGGCUGGAUCUCUCAUUCAGAAUCACGGUGAUUUCGAUGUGGCUCUGUCCAAGUACCGGGUGGGGGCAGUAGCCACUCCCGAGUCUCCUCACCUCUGGAACAACAUCGGAAUGUGCUUCUUUGGAAAGAAGAAAUUAGUUGCUGCGGUCAGUUGUUUGAAACGAGCUACAUACUUGGCCCCCUUUGAAUGGAAGAUUCUCUACAAUCUGGGUCUCGUGCAUUUGAACAUGGACCAGAAUGCCUCUGCCUUCCACUUCCUAAGAGCCGCCGUGGCUAUGAAACCACCUCAGGUUGGACAAAUACACAUGCUAAUGGCCCUUACCCUGACGAGAUUGGAAGAUCUGCCAAACGCAAAAGAAAUGUACGAAGAAGCACUCAAACAAGACAAGGAAGACCCUCUAAUUAGCCUCAAUUUUGCCGUGUUCCUGUACAACACUAAUGAUCUGGGCGGGGCUAAGAGAGAGUAUAGACUCUACGAUAAGAAGAAGAGAGCUCUGAAGAGCGUAGACAUAGAUCGAGAGAUGGUUGAAGUGGGCAGGAAGCUAGGGGGCGUUCUCAUCACUGGGGAAGUCCCCUCAGAGUCUGAGGACACGCCCACUAACAAGCAGGAGGAGGAGGAAGUGGUUCCAUCACCACGGGAUCGAAAGCAGAGCGUUUUAAUUGACAAAUACCAUGAAUUAUAGUCAGUCACAACUAGAAACUGUUAAUAUAAUUUGCAGACUUUGCAACCAGCUGAUCACUUUACAUGUAUCUUCUUAUACAUGCAUGUUUACAGGACAAUAACGUUAAUGAGAAUCUUAACAUUUGUA